CUCCAGUUGUCACAGCCACAGGUUUCACAGAGUCACAGAGGAGGAGGAGAGGAGUUAGCUGUCUGCAGCUGCUGUGGCAGAGGAAGAGAGAGAGAGAGAGAGAGAGAGAGAGAGAGAGAGAGAGAGAGAGAGAGAGAGAGAGAGAGAGAGAGAGAGAGAGAGUGUGUGUGUGUCAGGGUUGUGGUCCAAGUGGAUUGAGAGAGACAACAUGAGGGCUGCACGGACACAUACAGAGCAGGUGCGCCCUGCUCUGGGGGCUUACUGCUAAGCAUGCUGGGUAAGGAGCAGCCAACUACCAGCAGGUUCAACCUGGUCAACUCUGAAGUCUCUGACACCACGGCGGCCGAAGACACACAGGACGGUAUCAGGAUGGCCGAUCUCGUGGAAAGCUUGGAUGCCAGAGAGCUGGAUAUGGGGGAGGGAGAGGAGAACUAUGAUGGAAACUACUUAGGGGACUGUCGUAUCCCAUUCUCAGCAGUGUAUUCCACGGUGGGCUUUAAGGAGGCCAGUGCUAAGGUUUACCUGCCCACUGUGCCCAUCACUGUCCGCAUCCUGGAGGUGGAGAGAUUCACCAGUGCUCAGGACCGCUUCAACCUGUCGCACAACAGGAGUGUCAACAAGUCUCUGCCAGCGGUGUUCAAGAUCGAGCUGAAGCACGGCGAGUUCACCUGGAUGGUGAAGAGGAAGGAGAAGCAUUUCAUGGAGCUGCACCGAGAGCUGAGGACGUACAAGACCUUCAUGAGGAUACCGCUGCCGUCGCGCAGCCACACGGUGAGGAGGAGGACGGUGAGGAAGAGCGAGGUGAGGGAGAUGCCCUCCCUGCCGAGGGGAGGGGGAGACGAGCUGGUGCGGGACGAGCAGGUCUCCAGCAGGAGGAGACAAUUAGAAGACUAUUUGAACAAGCUGCUGAGGAUGGCCAUGUACCGCAAAUAUCACCAUACUAUGGCGUUCAUUGACGUCAGCCAGAUGUCCUUCAUUCACGACUUGGGACCCAAAGGACUGGAAGGGAUGAUCUAUAAGCGUUCAGGCGGACACCGUAUCCCCGGCAUGAAUUGCUGUGGUCACAGCCAAGCCUGCUACCGCUGGUCCAAACGCUGGCUGGUGGUGAAGGACUCGUGUUUGCUGUACAUGAAGCCAGACUCUGGGGCAAUCUCCUUCGUCCUGCUGUUAGAUAAAGACUUCAGCAUCAGGAUGGACUCCAAAGACACAGAGACCAAACAUGGAGUCCGGAUUGAUAGUCUCUCCAGGACCCUGGUGUUUAAGUGCAGCAGCUACCGACACGCCCGCUGGUGGGGUCAGAGCAUCGACAACUUCGUGAGGAAUCAUGGGAAGGCGUUCCUGCGGGAUCACCGCUUUGGCUCGUUUGCCCAGGAAGAGGAAAACAUCCCUGCCAAAUGGUAUGUGAAUGGAAAGACGUACAUGGAGGAUGUGGCUGACGCUCUGGAGGAGGCCAAAGAGGAAAUCUUCAUCACCGACUGGUGGCUGAGUCCAGAGAUCUUCUUGAAGAGACCGGUGGUGGAGGGGAACAGGUGGAGACUGGACUGUAUCCUAAGAAGGAAAGCACAACAGGGAGUGCGCAUCUUUGUGAUGUUGUACAAGGAGGUGGAGCUCGCCCUGGGCAUCAACUCAGGCUACAGCAAGAGGACCCUCUUGCACCUGCACCCCAACAUCAAGGUGAUGCGUCAUCCCGACCACGUCUCCUCCUCGGUCUAUCUGUGGGCACAUCACGAGAAGAUUGUCGUCGUUGACCAAUCGGUGGCUUUCGUGGGCGGGAUCGACCUGGCAUACGGUCGCUGGGACGACAGAGAGCACCGGCUGACGGACGUCGGCAGUGUGACGCGCUCAGUGGCCCUGGAGCAGGCUGCUUCCGCCAAUGCUCGUUCCAGCAAGGGUGUGUCCUCUGUCGAUGGCGUCUCGCAGAGCAACGGACAGCGCACGCCGCCCAGCGAUCCGGUGGACUUGCCCAAGCUGAAGGGGAUCGGUCGCAGUCGGAGGGCUCGCUUCAGUCUGUACCGGCACCUGCACAAACACACUCUGCAGCAUGCCGACAGUGUCAGCAGCGUGGAGAGUGCAGGGAGCGGUUCUGUGCAGAGCCUAAAGACAGGUGUCGGAGAGUUACAGGGAAACACUCGCUUCUGGCACGGAAAAGACUACUGCAACUUUGUCUUCAGGGACUGGAUCCAGCUGGAGAAACCCUUUGAUGACUUCAUCGACAGAUACACCACUCCCAGAAUGCCUUGGCAUGACAUCGCCUCGGUGGUUCACGGCAGAGCGGCUCGGGAUGUGGCCAGACACUUCAUUCAGCGCUGGAACUUCACGAAGAUCAUGAAGCCAAAGUAUCGCUCUCUGUCUUAUCCAUUCCUGCUGCCCAAGUCUCACUCCAGUGCCAAUGAGCUCAGAUACCAAGUACCCGACUGCACCGAUGCCAAAGUACAAGUGUUGCGGUCAUCAGCAGACUGGUCGGCGGGCAUAAAGUACCACGAGGAGUCCAUCCACAGUGCCUACAUCCAGGUCAUCGCCAAGAGCAAACACUACAUCUACAUCGAGAACCAGUUCUUCAUCAGCUGUGCCGACAACAGGAUGGUGUACAACAAGAUCGGAGACGCCAUCAUUGAGAGGAUCAUCCGGGCACACAAGGAGGGAAAGAAGUACCGGGUCUAUGUGGUCACCCCGCUGCUUCCCGGUUUUGAGGGAGACAUCACCACGGGAGGAGGGAACGCCAUUCAGGCCGUCAUGCACUUCAACUACAGAACCAUGAUCAGAGGAGAGUACUCCAUCAUAUCCCAGCUGAAGAAGGAGAUGGACGACCAGUGGAUGAACUACAUCUCCUUCGCCGGUCUGCGGACUCACGCCGAGCUGGAGGGACGGCUGGUCACAGAGCUCAUCUACGUCCACAGCAAGAUGCUCAUAGCGGACGACAACACAGUCAUCAUCGGCUCUGCUAACAUCAACGACAGAAGCAUGCUGGGUAAACGUGACAGCGAGGUAGCGGUGAUUGUUGAGGACUCGGAAAAGGUGGCCUCUGUGAUGGAUGGACACGAGUACGAAGCUGGACCCUACGCACUCCAGCUACGCCUGGAAUGCUUCAGGACGAUCCUCGGCGGUCACACCGACUCCAGCAUCGACGUGUCGGACCCCAUCAGUGACCGUUUCUACAAGGAGGUGUGGAUGACCACGGCUGGCCGCAAUGCCACCAUCUACGAGCGGGUAUUUCGCUCCCUCCCUUCAUCGCUGGUGAGGAACAUGUCGGAGCUGGAGCAGUUCCAGUCCAAACCGGGCUUGGCCCAGACCGACCUGCCCCGCGCUCAGGAGGAGCUGCGCAAAAUCCGCGGCUUCUUGGUGCAGUUUCCCCUGGACUUCCUGUCCGAGCACAACCUCAUGCCCUCCGUCGGAACAAAGGAGUCCAUGGUCCCGACGGAGAUCUGGACAUAAAGGAACGUAAAGAAAACCCCCACUGACCCCCCACUACUGACAGGUCGAGCUGUUUCACAAGCAUCUCCAGUGGAGUCUCAUCAUCGGAUGUGUAACAUUGCAAAAGAGAGAUCGCCGUUGAUGAAUAUAGUCUGGAGAUGAGAGGGCAGGUUUACAGCCCUGCUGGGCAUUGACAAUACUCUCAAAUCUGUUUUGUACUGGAAGAAACAGUGGUACUGUAACAGCUAAAAGAAGUAAGCACUAAAUAUUGGGAUGUAUGAAGAAGAAAAAGACACUUGAGGGACAACGGUUCCAACUGCAUUGGGCCUGCAUUCAAACUGUGGAGAUAAAAAAAAAAGGAAACAGGCACAUGAACAUGGGGUUUUGGGAUCAAACUGGACUCCGGACACUUGCACCUUUGGACUGUUGGAAAAGUUCACAAGAGGGCGAGGAUUGCAAAGGGACCAGGAUGAGGAACCAGCAAAAUAAAAUACUCAGCUCUUGGUUUACGAUAAAACAAAAUACCCAGAGGUGAUGAUGAUGAUGCAUGCGAGUUGUAAUGUAAUAUCUAUGCUCAAAUGGUGAGUAUAUGAUCUCACGGAGGAGUUGUUGGACCUUGUGCAUGUGCCGCUUCAAAAUCUCAGAUUGUAUCUUGUAGGUCUUUUUCUAAUCCAAGACGGGGCACUUUUUACUAACUGUGCUGAAAUCCUGUCAACACGAUUGCCAUGAUGCAUGUACCAAUCGCAACUCUGAAAAAAAGGAAAAAGGUGGAGACAUUAUACUUGCUGUCAAAGGUGUUUUGUGAGAGAUUAUCACUAUAAUCUGUUGAAAAUCAAAGUUUGUCAGAUUGUGUUAAAAAAAGGAUGAGUGGAGACGGUUGUGGACGUGGCCGACGUUGGAGACAAUCCGCUCACAAAUUCGGAGACGCAGUUUUCUUCUUUGCUCAACAGAUGGUGCCAGCGUCUCAGAGCUACUGUCUGUGUACAGCGAGGGAAGAGUUUUGAGGCGAGACUUUCAGAUCUCCGGCCUUGUUCCUCGCCAAGGCGUUGUUCCUUCCGAGGCUUUCAUUUUGAGUCCGUAAAUACAGUAUAGAAAGCAACGCAAACCGUGGACAUCAUAAAACAAUAUAUAUAUAUAUAUAUAUAUAUAUAUAUAUAUAUAUAUAUAUAUAUAUAUAUAUAUAUAUAUUUAUAUACAAAGCAUGCAGCUGAUGGCUGAAGCAAAGCUUCCACACGAUUCAGCUUGAAAUUUUCCUUGCUACGUUUCAGUUUUCCGGAGUUUCCAGUUGUGUUUUGAUUCUCUUAUGUUUAUGAUUGACUUGUUUUAUAUAUGUGAGUGUCUGGACUUUGUGUUAACUAAUUUAAAAAACAUUUUUUUUCACUUUUGAUAUCUGUCGGAGCGUCUUGUUUUAAUCACCAACCCCCCUCGAAAUGUGAAGUUAAUUCAAUAACCACUCCUUUUGAAUCCAGCUCUGCUGAAUGUUAAAAAAACAGCAAACAACCGAUUAAACAUCUUCACCGGGGUUUAUGAUCAACAAUCAGGGCCGAGCGCCAGUGAUUCAACAUGUAGGUUUUUUUUGGAGAGCCCGGGCUAUUCCUGGAAGGUAAUUAAUUCAGGAUCUGAUCAUAAAAUAUAGAUAUGUUUCUUUUUAAAUGGGACCAGGAGCUUGAUAAAGUGAAGUGAUAAUGUUCUGAAACAAAAACAGAGUUUUUCCCUCUUCACUUAUUGAUUUGGACAACACUGCCUGCAUUGUUUUUACCCUUGCUCUCUUUGUCAGUGCAAUGUUUAUGGAAUAUGAAUCAUUUAACAGUCUUUUAACAUCUAUCGUUUCAAACGUAUGGCAUGGUUGUAUAUGGAUGGUUGUGAACGUGUAUUCUAGGCCUCUGUUUAUCUUCAUCAUAACCAUCAAGCGACAGUUUUUUUCCGUCAACUCUCUGUGCCCCUUGACCUCAGUUCAGCUGGUCUUGCUCCCACUCUGUGUUAUGUACAAUACUGUUUCGUACAGUUGGUAUAAUUUCUAAUUUCUAACUGCUCCUUUACCACAUUGUGACUCAUAAUUUCGAUGGCUAAUGACGAAUAAAAAUGAUCUCUGAA